AUGCAGGUCUCCAAUCAGCGCGAGUCCGAUCCCGCCUCGGACGAGGAGAAGCAGUACGAGAAGCAGCCCGCUGAGUAUCAGGAUACCUUCGGAGAUGAAGAGCAAUGCGGCUUCUUGAUGGUGGCCGAGACGGUCUCUCUAGGAAUUCUCUCCCUGCCCGCUGUGGUUGCUGUCUUAGGCCUUGUUCCGGCCGUGAUUCUCCUGCUCGGAAUCGGCCUGCUGGCCACCUACACCGGCUACGUCAUUGGCCAGUUCCGCUGGCGUUUCCCGCAUAUUCAGAGCAUGGCGGACGCUGGAGAGGUACUGCUCGGCAAAGUGGGCCGUGAGUUCAUGGGCACCGGCCAGCUACUGCUGCUGCUGUUUAUCAUGGCUAGUCACAUUCUCACCUUCACGGUGGCAAUGAACUCCAUUACGAAUCAUGGUACCUGUUCCAUUGUCUUCGGUGUCAUCAGCAUGGCUGUCUCAUGCAUUCUAUCCUUGCCUCGCACGAUGACCAACGUGUCUUAUCUUUCAGUAGCUUCCUUCAUCAGUAUCUUUUCAGCCGUCAUGAUUACCAUGGUUGGUGUCGGCGUGAAGAAACCCUGGCAAGGCGAGAUCCAUGCCACUGUCGAUACCAGUCUGUACAAAGCCUUCCUGGCUGUCUGCAACAUUGUGUUUUCUUUCUCUGGAAAUGUCGCCUUUUUCGGGUUCAUCUCCGAAUUGAAGGAUCCAAAGGAGUACCCCAAAGCUCUGGCUCUUCUCCAAGGGACCGAUACCAUUCUAUACAUUGUUGUUGCUGUUGUGAUCUAUGUGUACGCCGGUGACGAAGUGACCUCACCUGCUUUGGGGUCGGCUAGUCCUGUCGUGCGUAAGGUUGCCUAUGGUAUUGCCCUGCCGACGAUUAUCAUCGGCGGUGUGGUAGUCGGUCACGUUGCCUGCAAGUAUGUCUAUGUGCGUCUGUUACGCAAUACCGAACACAUGCACAGCAAGAACUUUAUUGCAACGGGGUCCUGGAUAGGCCUUACGGUGGCAUCUUGGGUGAUUGCGUGGGUUAUCGCCGAGGCGAUUCCUGUUUUCAAUAACCUACUCAGUUUGAUCGCGUCGCUAUUCGCAAGCUGGUUCACCUUCGGAUUCCCUGCCAUGUUCUGGUUGUAUCUCAAUAAGGGACGGUACUUUUCGACAGCUAUGAAAACUACCCUUACUAUUCUCAACGUGAUCAUCAUUGGUAUUGCAGCAUGCAUUUGUGGUCUUGGGCUGUAUGUUUCCGGAAAAGCAUUGCAUGAUGAUCCAAGCAGCGCGAGCUUCUCGUGUGCGAAUAAUGCAUGA